AUGACAUCGGAAAGUAAUAGAAAAGAUCCGGCGUGGCAAUAUGCCCAUUUGGUGGAGGAGAAUAAUUUAAACAAGUUUGAGUGUAAUUUUUGUGGUAAGGCAUCAAAUGGAGGUGUUUAUCGGGUGAAACAACACCUUGCAGGAGGUUAUAGGAAUGUCACUGCUUGCCCGAAGUGUCCUUCUCAUGUAAGAGAAGAGAUUAGAGAGUUCAUGUCCAAAAAAAAGACACAAAAAGAAGAAAUGAACAUGUUGCCUGAUUUUGAUGACAUGGACAUGGAAGAUGAUGAUGAAGAUGAAGAUGUCAUUGAGAUCAAUGUCAAUCAACACCGCAAGUUAACAAGUAGUAGCCAAGGUUUAUCCAAAUCCAAAUCCAAAUCAAAAUCAAAAAUGCCAAAGAAAAAAAGGCCUAUGGAUGUUUACUUCACACCCAAUCCUGAAUCAGUGGUGAAAAAUCGAAAAGACCAAGCAAAAGGGAAACAAACCAAAAUUGAUGCAAAUGACCCUCACAAAAAAGAAAUAAGAGCUCGGGCACUGCAAAGAUAUGCUAGGUGGAUGUAUGAUGCUGGUAUCCCUUCUAAUGUAGUAAAUUAUGAGAGUUUUGGACCAAUGAUUGAAGCCAUUGGCCAAUAUGAUCCUGGUAUGAAGCCACCAACUUACCAUGAAGUGCGGGUUACCCAACUCAAAAAAGAAGUGAAACAUACUGAAGAUUUGAUGAAGUAUCAUAAAGAGGAUUGUGCAAAAUACGGGUGUUCCAUAAUGGCUGAUGGUUGGACUGAUAAGAGAGGAAGGACAUUGAUUAACUUUUUAGUUAAUUGUCCAAGAGGAACCAUGUUUGUUAAGUCGGUUGAUGCUUCUAGCUAUUCAAAGGAUGGGAAAAGCUAUUUGAAUUACUAG